AUUUUCUAACGAAUUCCAGCAUUAUAAACGAAUAGUCUUGUGAUCAUAUUGUUAUUGUAAAUUAAUAAUAAUAAUAAUUAUACAGAAGUUCCUUCGCUAUUUGCUGUUUUGUUGUAGCUGUAAGAUGAAUGCCGUGAUAGCUCUGUGCCACUUCUGCGAGGCGCAUGGCCCCUGCGCCAUCUUCUGCACCCAGACACUUAGGGACACCAAGCUGGAGGACCUUCCGCUGGACCAGCAACAGAACCAAAAGUCCUGCUCCGCUUGCAACUACUCCAUGGGGCGGAAUAACAAUGCCAUCUACAGCAGAGACACGGAGAGCGGGGCGACCUUUGUUAGCACCAAGGUGGCGGUGCUGCCGGAGGUGGCCAGUUUGGUGAAACAGGCGGCUGUGCUGAGCCUGAGCAAUGGGACGGAUUCCAGCAAGGAUGGCGAAUUUGUGUUCUUCGGUGACUCCGCCCGCGGCCACAUCCUGAGUCACACGUUCCGGUUGAGCGACCUGCAGGCACGUGGUUACUCGCAGCUCUUCUCAAUCAUUGUCCUGAUGAAGGACAAGUACUUCCUGCUAAACAUCAAACCCUUUCUGGCCGAGCACCUAAAGAAAGUCUCAUCAGAGCUGCAGACGGCGGCCAGGAAAACAAAGGAGGCGGAGGAACUUACAUGCUCGGCCAGGCAGAGACGCCUCUCUGGUGCACAGAUCCUACUGUCAAGGUCCCUGCUGGAGCUCACUGGCGAAGAGCACAUUUUUGCCCAGCUACACUCUCACUUCUCAUGGCUUCUGCUGGCCGGAUCCCGAUUCCUCACCGAGCACGUGACCUUCGGAAACCUGCCCUGGCUACCGCCACAGAGCAGCGGUCGCCCGCCCGCCCAGCGACUCACCUACAACAGCUCCACCCUGCCCAUGAUCGAAAGCAUCGAUGAUCCGGAUCUUGAGGAGUUCUUCUCACUGCGGCAUCUCAAGAGCGUGGUGCGUAAGGAGGAGUUCGCCACAGUUUGCUAUUGUGCCUUGACAGGAGUCAAGAUCGUGGUCCGCGGUGAUCCUAGAAAGACCUUCCGUUUCAUGGUGUGCCUUAAGAAACUGUUGCCCGAGCCCAUGCACAAUCUCAUGCGUAUUGAUGCCCAGCACCAGCACUCCAUUAGCUCCGAGUACAAAAUCAUAUCUGUGUCCAACGACAUAGCCGUUCCCAUGGCCAGUGCCUCCGUAUAUCGAAUUGACUUCCUGGACAAGCAUGUCAAUGGGCAUGAGGUGUCCGUCAAGUGGCCGGGAGAAUUGCCCAGAAAGUUGCCAGAUCUUAUGGUGAAGCUGCUCAAAGCGGUAGAGGAGAAAAACUUUACGGAACUGGUGCUCAAUAAACAGACCAAGGUGCUCAUCGAAGAAUGGAAAAACAAAGUGACCUGCCUCAAUCAUGCCAAGUCCAGCAGCGUCCAGGGCAAACUGAAGAAGGUGCUGGGCGUGCAGCCCCACGAUCAGCCGGUGAUCAACUACUGGAGCACGCACCUGCACUAGCCGCGGGGGAGACGCACAC